CAUGAGAGUGAGUAAAUGAUGACAACAUUUUUAUUUUUGGGUGAACUAUCCCUUUAACUAGUGAAUUAAAUAUGGUAAAAUAUUGUAAAUGUUUUUAUAGUAAACUUAAUAUUUAAUAUUUAAUACUUACUAUAGUAAUAUCUACUAUGACAAGGUUCAAAACACAGUAUGUUAAUGGAAUUUGUCAUAAUUUGGAAAUAUCUAAUAAUGCUGUAGUAUGUUUCAAAUAAUCUCAUUAGUUUGUCUGAUCCCAAAUGAUGACAUAAUUAUUUUUUAUUUAAAAUGCCAUAUUUCUUAAUAAAGUAAUGCAAAACCAGUGAGAAAUGAUGACGUGUUCUCUCAGUAUGGCUUAUUAUUGCUAGAUAUACCAGAGCUCUGGUCUGGGUACAUGUGCGCGGGCAGGUGCAGAUGAAGUGUGCGCGUGCUACAAAAUAGCUGGUGGUACUGAUGUUCCUGUCUCUUCAUUGAUCUGCUCGUUUCUCAUUGACAUCAUUCGCAUCAUCCCGCUGAAGCGCGUCGCGGGAUGUAUGGAGGACAGACUCUCAGCUCAAGUGCGUGAAUAAAGCAGAUUAUGAAUUAACGAGACGCUUUAAUUUACACAGAUCGGAAAGACGUUCGUAUUUUUCAGUCUUAUACUUUAUUGUAAUAACAUAAGAAGAAUCGCUUCGUUUAUUUCAUUACGUUUUGUGGCUUAAUCAGUGUUGCGCAACUUUGUCAAAGACCAAGUUUGAUGUGAAGACUUCACGGUGGACGUCACACUUUUGCGCAUCUUUUUACCACCAUAUCAACAUGUGGCAUGGGGCUUUUGGUUUGGAUCACACGUCCUGGAAGAUCUGGAGAGGAGAUCAUGAUUCAAACUAAUUGCGUGAAGAUUUGCCUUGUGUUAAAAUGAAUGAUAAACCUAAUAAAUGGAUUUUUAUCCCAGUUUUAGCCAUCCUUUUUGUCACGAUUGGGUAUCAGUACAUUUGCCCGGCAGGCAGUCAGUCUUGUCAUUUCAAGACAGGAGACAAACUCGUUGGAAUCGGUCUGUCCACUUCAUACCCGACCACCGAUGACAUGUACCGGGACCAGGACCCGGAGGAUGACAGCCCACUCAAAUGCGUGUCUAAAUUUAACUUCACAGAGCGAGAUUUGACCCGCGAUGUUGAUUUCAACAUCAAGGGAGAUGAUGUGAUCGUUUUUCUGCACAUUCAGAAAACAGGAGGCACCACGUUUGGCAGGCAUCUGGUCAGGAAUAUUCGUUUGGAGCAACCGUGCGACUGCAAACCGGGACAGAAGAAAUGCACGUGCCACCGGCCCGGUAAACAGGAGUCGUGGCUCUUUUCGAGGUUUUCAACUGGCUGGAGUUGCGGUUUGCACGCCGACUGGACGGAACUGACCAACUGUGUACCAGUGGUUAUGGAUAAAAAGAAAAAUGCAAAUCGAAAGAGGAAUUUCUAUUACAUCACCAUGUUGCGAGACCCUGUUUCACGGUACCUGAGCGAAUGGAAGCACGUGCAGCGUGGCGCUACCUGGAAGACUUCCCUUCAUAUGUGUGACGGGCGCUCACCUACCCAGGACGAACUGCCCACCUGCUACACCGGAGACGACUGGUCAGGGGUCACACUGCACGAGUUCAUGGACUGUCCUUCCAACCUAGCCAACAACCGGCAAGUACGUAUGCUGGCAGAUCUCAGUCUGGUGGGCUGCUACAACCUCUCCACCAUGAACAAGAGCGAACGUAACCAUAUUCUUCUGGCCAGCGCCAUGAGCAACCUAAAGAACAUGGCUUUCUACGGCCUCACGGAGUUCCAGCGCAAAACACAGUACUUGUUCGAGCGCACCUUCCGCCUGAGAUUUAUUGCGGCAUUUACGCAAUUCAACAGCACGCGCGCGGCCAACGUGGAGCUGCGCGAUGACAUGCGCCGCCGCAUAGAGCAACUGAAUUUCCUGGAUAUGCAGUUGUAUGAGUUUGCAAAAGACCUUUUUCUGCAGAGAUAUCAGUUUAGCCGCCAACGUGAGCGGCAGGAGGAGAGAUUGAAGAGGCGCGAGGAGAGACGCUGGUUUAGGGAAUGGAGAAUCAACCAGAGCAAGCAACCCAGUGAGGAGAACCAACCUCAGGUCACCACAACGGAGGAUUACGCCAGCCAAGUGGUCCAUUGGUGAUACCUCUUGGAAACAUACGCUAAGACACCGUAAAACAUCACAGAUACUUAUUUAAUUAAGCAAAUUUAUGUUUAUAGGAAAAAACAAUAAUAUCUGCCAAUAUUGAGGAUGUUAGAUGUUUUUACUGGUCAGUAAGGUGCUGGUAUGAAAAUAUUCAGACAGUUAUUUUUAUUUAUUUUUUGCUGUGUGGUUUUGCAGGAUUUUUGCUGAUACUUUGCAAUGAAAUCCUGCUGACAUUAACAGAACUAAAUUUGUGGCUUUGUGCCCAUUCCCUAAACAACCUCCAGCACCUCUGUAAAGAAACAAGAAAUCCGCCACUGCGAGUUAUAUGGAGAUAUGUCAGUGACAGUGUAAGGGGCGUUCAUCUGGAUGUGUGACCAGAUGCCAUGACCAGAGUGUCCGUUUAUCAGUAAAAAUGCAGAAUGAUUGUGAGAAUGUGUCCUCAAGAGAAGUGUGUGUUAGUUUUAGAAAGACUGAAUGAAUAGAUGAGUAUUUCUUUCAUCAUCCACUGCUGCCACCUGUGUUUCACACAUUGCUGUUGAACUAAAACUUGUACUGGCUGGGAGAUUUCUGAUGCCAGAGCCUGACCAGAUCACAAGGAAUGAAGCGCUUGUGGUUUUUACAUCGUUUUUCUGGUAGGAAAAGAAGCCUUGUAGCACCUACAAUAACAAGAUCCUCAGAGACGUGACAUACAAAUGAAUAAAUGAUACAACUCAGCUGAUACAAUUAAGGCUAUAUGGAAAAAAGCAAAUAAACUGUAUUGCUCGAGAACUUGAGAAUGUGCCAUUUAAUACAAUAUAUUUGGAAUGCAGUACCAGAAAAAUAUUAUUUUAGACAAAAAAAGACUAUCGAAUUUUAUUGUUUUGCUUUUUUUGUUCAUUGUUGUUGUUCUAUGUUUCUACUUUGAAUCUGUGCUGCUAUUUUGUGUUUUCUCGAUUACUUUCUUACUGUAUAUGAGGCCAAAAGACAUAAGGAUGUGUGCCAUUGCAAGUUUGGGUGUUCUGAAAUGAUUGUAAUGUAUUUCAAUUGCUUGGUUCAUUUAAGUGCAAUACAACAUAAAAAACAGAUGUUUGUGGAAUACUGUAUGUACAGAGAUUUUACAGUUAUUGCUUGUUAAUAAGCAAUGUUGAUUUAUUAAAUAAAUAUUUAAUAUCCACAUGUAAAAUAAAUGACCAUUUAAAUACACUAAAAUGGAAAAUUUUUAUAAGCGAUAAUCUUGUUAAAGGAAAACACCACAGUUUUUCAAUAUUUUACUAUGUUCUUACCUCAACUUAGACGAAUUAAUAGAUACCUAUCUUUAUUCAAUGUGUGCACUUAAUUAUUGUGAAGCGCGUGGUGAAUGUGUUAGCAUUUAGCCUAGCCCCAUUCAUUCCUUAGGAUCCAAACAGGGAUAAAUUUAGAAGCCACCAAACACUUCCAUGUUUUCCAUAUUUAAAAACUGUUACAUGAGUAGUUACACGAGUAAGUAUGGUUGCACAAAAUAAAACUUUUGUUUGGAGCCAUAGGAAUGAAUGGGGCUAGGCUAAAUGCUAACACUUUCAAGAAGCGCUGUACAAAGAUUAAAAGUAAAAAGAUAGGUAUGUAUUAAUUCAUCUAAGUUGAGGGAAGAACAUAGUAAAAUAUUGAAAAACUUUGUGUUUUCCUUUAAUACUUAAUUUCUGUGUUUUAUUUAUAUACAGUGGCCUCAAAAAUAGUUUGGCACUUACUGUAAACACUGUAAUAAGAAUGUCAUUGCAUUUAUUUCACAGUAUUUCAAUAUAUUAUUUUUUGUUUUUAAUAAUAAAACUAUACUGUUCAAACAGAAGACAAAACAUGCGUAAAACAGUUUCUAGUUACAAGUAAGUGGACAGUUAAUGUUAUAAACUACAUACAGUAUGUGUGGUGUGAUCUUAAAGGGGACAUAUCAUAAAAAUCUGACUUUUUCUAUGUUUAAGUGCUAUAAUUAGGUUUCCAGUGCUUCUAUCAACCUAGAAAAUGUGAAAAAGAUCAUCCCAGUAACUUAGUUUUGGUAAACCAUUCUCUGCAAGCAUGUGAAAAAAUAGGUCAUUCAAAUUUUGCUCUCCUUGUGAUGUCAGAAGGGGAUAAUACCGCCUCUUAAUCUGCACUAUCCAACCACGGCACUGCCAUUUAGUGCAGAGAUCAGCUCAUUUGCAUUUUAUAGGACACACCCAAAAAUUGCACGUUUGCUCACACCUACAAAGUGGCAACUUUAACAUGUUAUAAUAAAUUAUCUAUAUGGUAUUUUGAGCUAGAACUUCACAUAUGUGCUCUGGGGACACUAUUUGAGAUCUUAAAAAAGUAUUGUGAAAUGUCCCCUUUAAAAUAUUUUAGUAAAACCAGUAAACCAGUUACACAAACAAAAUUAUCUUUGAGAAGGUCCACUAUAAUUUGUUUGAUAUUUUAAUAUCGAAUGCAGUGACAUUCAAUCAUUUUCAAAGUAAGUGUUGCUUGAAUAUCAAACUACUGUCUGAGGCCAAUGUGAAAAAAUGUCAAAGGUGCUAUAAAUGCUGUAUUAUUGUUUCAACCACUAGAGGUCAGUGAUACUCCAUGAAUGUUUUGUGUUUUUCAUGUUCUGUGCUUUUCAGUGUCUUGGCACAAAUCAGAGUUCUCAGAAUCCUCUGCAACACACUUGAAAUGACCACAACACACGUUUCUGAAAGAACACAACAGAAUAUUUAUGAAUUCAAUAAACUUCAACA